ACAUAUAAAUGCGACUCCAACGGGCUAACAUGGCUGCUGGGAACCGAAAACUUGGGAAAAUCGUGCGUUCGGAGUGUGUCUGCCUCUGCGUGAAGCCCAGUGUUAAGUUGAAACAUUGACUGCCCACGCCCCCGAGACUCCGUGAUUCCGUAAUUCCGUAAUUCCGCGAUUCGCGCAGGCCACAAUCGAGGUCUGCCGCCCCAUCCGUGAGUUCUCGAGCGCCGCGAGUGCCAGUGUGUGCGUGAGCAGGAAAAAAUCAAUGGUGCGUGAGUGCGAGUGAGUGGGAAGGCAGGGGAGGCGAAUAUCAAUUUGGAUUGAUUCGAGACGCUGCGCCGCACACACACACACACACACACACGCGCGCGCGGGGCCAUAGUAACGCAGCCUCGAGUGUACAGUUUUAGAGCAAACAAUUCAAUUAGAAAAUGCAGAGCGCAUGAGUUGGAUUGCCAGAGGGCGCCCGCAAAAGCUGACUGCUGCCGCACCGCAAAGGGAGCAAGAGCGAGAGAGAGAGAGAGAGGGAGAGCAACCAUUGCCAAAGAUUAGUAACUUAGAGUAGAUCGAUUCUUAGAUCGACGUAUCACAACAAGUAUCACAAAUUACCAUUGUAUAAUGACAUCUAGACUUGACCGCCUGUUCAUCCUACUCGAGACCGGCUCCACGGCGGCCACUCGUCAGGCGGCCGCCAAGCAGAUCGGCGAGGUCCAGAAGCUCUAUCCGCACGAGCUGCACGCCCUGCUGAACCGCCUGGUGGGCUACCUGCACAGUUCGUCCUGGGAGACGAGGAUAGCGGCGGCCCAAACGGUCGAGGCCAUACUGAAGCAAGUGCCACCCUGGCAGCCGGAACUGCAGGUGGUGCCGAAGAAGGAGCGCUCCAGCAGUGAUGCAGCCACAGCGGCAGCUGCCGCGGAAGAGGACAGUUGCCAGUCGAGUAGUUCCAACUCCACAACGGCCAGCGAGCGACUUCUCAGCUUCGAUGAGUUCGAUCUGCAGCAGAUCCUGCACAAGGGCGCCCGCCUCAUCGGCUCCGAGGGCAACGAGUUCGAUGUGCAGGAGGAGCAGCCCGCCAGUGGCGGCGGGGAUGAGGAGAGAAGUCUCGCCAGUCGGCUGAGUCGCCAGCGGGCGGCGCUCAACGACAAACUGGGCCUGACAACGGCCGCCAAGCUGGGCGUCAAUCUUACCGACAUGAUCACCGACGAGGAUGUGGCGCUCGCCAGGAGCGGAAGCAGCUACAACGUGAAUGCCGAGAAGCUGCCCGUGGAGCAUAUACUCAAUAUAAAGCCAGCGGCCAACGGUUCUGGCCAGGCUCAGCUGAGCUGCCGUGAGAUGAACCGGGCCAAGCGCAAAGCCCGCCAAAACACAUCGGCUUCGGCCACCGUGGUCACGCCCACCUGCAGCCGGCGGAACUCCAACAGUAACCACAGCACGGGGAGCAACCACAGCAACAAUGGCACCACACCGCUAUCAGCGCUGGACGAGCCGGAAAAAAAGAAGCUAAAGGCCACGGAGCGACAGGAAAUCUUCUACAGUUUAAAUGCUGCUGUGCCGGAUGCCACGGGAACUUGGGUGGAUGCCGUCUCCUGGCCGUUGGAGAACUUCUGCUCCCGCCUCUUCAUUGAUCUCUUUCAUGCCAAAUGGGAAGUGCGCCAUGGAGCGGCCACAGCACUGAGGGAGCUGAUCAACCAGCAUGCCCAGGGAGCGGGAAAAGUAGUGCAACAGAGUAGAGAGCAGAUGGACGAAGCACACAAUCGCUGGCUGGAGGAUGCUGCGCUGCGUUUGCUCUGUGUGCUGUGUCUGGACAGAUUCGGUGACUUCGUCUCGGAUCAAGUGGUGGCACCGGUGCGCGAGACCUGUGCCCAGGUGCUGGGCACCCUGGUGAAGGAGAUCCAGGCGUCCAAAGUUCAACGGAUAGUGGACAUCCUACUGCAGCUCAUCCAGCACAAGAACGAGUGGGAAGUGCGGCAUGGUGGACUGCUGGGCCUGAAGUAUGUGUUCGUGGUGCGCGAGGAGCUGCUGCCCAUCUAUCUACCACAGUCAAUCUCAAAUAUCCUCAGUGGUUUGCUAGACGCUGUUGAUGAUGUUGGAGCAGUGGCUGCGGCUACGCUAAUUCCAGUUUCUUCAUGGCUGCCGAAGCUCUUAAAUCCGAUACAAGUCUCCUCCAUUGUUAAGAUGCUGUGGGACCUACUGUUGGAUCAGGACGAGCUCACAUCUGCAUGCAACAGUUUCAUGGGGCUGCUGGCGGCUAUUCUUUGUCUGCCAAAAGCCGCCAGCUGGGUGGAGAUGGAGCCUAUGUCCAUUCUGGUGCCGCGCCUGUGGCCUUUUCUUUCUCACAGCACAAGUUCAGUGCGGAGGUCUACACUCAAGACACUGAUCACCCUGACCAGCGCGGAUAAGGUAAAAUCGGAGCCAAAGGAGGAGGAUCACGUCAAGGAGGAACCGGAUCAGAAAAAGAUGAAACUUAACUUUGGAGUCAGCGACUGGAAGUGGCAAUUGCUGCAGCAGGCACUGCGCCACAUCUAUCAGCGCAUUCUGGUCGAGCCGCAGGCGGAUAUCCAGGCAUUGGCCCGUCAGGUGUGGUCCAAUCUCAUCGAGCAUGCGGAUUUGGGAGCCCUCCUGCACGCUGCCUGUCCGUACGUGUCUUCCUGGAUCUGUCUGUCAAUGCAGCCGCCUAGACUCGCCUUCGAUGCGGGAGUGCUGAUCAGAGCUAAUGGAGAUUCGAGCACGCCAGGAAGCACCUCACGGAAACGAACGCCACGCAUAGGAGACGAUCUGGGCGGCGCCAUCCUAGCGCACUCGAAUGCCUCACUAAAGUUAUACCUGGGUGGCAGCGAGGCCACGCCAUUGGAGCUACGGGAGGCGAACUUUAUGCGUGCUCGGAUUGCCUCUUCGCGGGCACUGGGAGCCCUCUCUCAUUAUCUGGUGCAGCCAGCGCCAGGAGUUGUGUACACCCCGCAAACAGAGAGUCCCACCGACUGCUAUACGAAAGUUCUGUUGGGUCACCUCAACGCCCACUCCGCUGUCCAGCGAAUCGUGUGUGGACUGAUCAUUGCUUUUUGGGCUCUCGAAGAUGAACCAGUGCGCCCGGGACCGCCGAACCUACAGGAAAAGUUGCAUCAGUGCGUCAGCGAGUACGUCUACUACGAUGAGGUGGCCAUCUCGCUGACCCGACUGCUGCAGGAGGCACAAGACUUUAUUGCUACGCUAAAGCAGAACAAAAUCCCAAUCAAUGACUUCAACAACGCCAAGAUCCUCACCCUGGAUCAAAUCGAGGCGGUGGCCACAACGUUAAGCGAAAAUCUGCGCCAUUAUCCCCUCAAGCCAAAGCUGUUGGACAUGUUGGAGGAGCGGCGGCGCAGCCUACAGGCCUCCUACCAGCAGACAACCAGUGAACAGAGCGCCUACCAUGUCAGUGCCCAGGCAGCCCUUGCCGGCGCCAUCUGCGCUUUGCACUGCCUGCCCGAGAAGCUGAAUCCGGUGGUCAAGCCAUUGAUGGAGUCCAUUAAGCGGGAGCAGUGUCUCCAGCUGCAGCAGCUAUCUGCCGAGUUCCUGGUCCACCUCAUGGACCAGGUCUGUGAUAGAAAUCCUAGUCCAAAUAGCAAGAUCCUGAACAACCUUUGUACGCUGCUGCGAAGCGACGCCGAGUACACACCCAAACUGGUAAUGCCAACUCAGACCCUCAAGCAAACGCCGCUUUCACCUGGAGUCACCAACAGUUGUGUUUACUACGGCAUCCUGACACUGGCACUACAACAGGCAGUGCCAGUUACAAACAGUCGAUCCGGAGGAGGAGGUAGUGGUGGAGCCACUACUCCUACUACUACUACGCCUAGCCGUGGCCCUGGACGACCACCCGCUGGCGAGAUCUUGGCCGCAGCAGCGGUCGUUAACCACACAGAAGUGAAAGCUCAGCAAGCGAAAGAGGCGGAAGCCAAGCAAUGCCGCAUACAGCGCCUGGGAGCGGCCUGUGCCAUAGAGAAGCUGUGCAAGACAUUCGGAGAGCACAUUGUGGACAAGGUGGCUGUUUUCCAACAGCUCAUGUUCGGCAAGGUGGAGCAGUUUGUGAAGCAAUCGUGCGAUUGGCGACUGCCUAGCAUCCUGCCAGACUUGGGAGUGUGCAACGAGCUCAUCAGCUCGCUGCAGCUGAUCGAGACAGCAGCCCCUCAUCUUCAUGCUGCACUGCAUCCGCAGAUGUUCGCUUUGCUUCAACCACUUGGCUUCAUCGUUUGUCAUCCUCUGAAGGCAGUGCGUCACAUGGCUGCCCGCUGUAUCGCCGUGCUGGCCGAGAUCGACGCUUGCCAGACUAUGCAGUUUGUGGUGCAUGAUCUGCUGCCGCUGCUUGGAAAAAUUGAGCAGCUCAUUGAGCGGCAGGGAGCAGUGGAGGCUAUUGAACGAGUGGUCAGCCGACUGCAAAUCAAAGUAGUGCCCUACAUCGUGCUGCUGGUGGUGCCUCUACUGGGAGCAAUGAGCGAUCCCGAUGAAUCAGUGCGACUUCUUUCCACCCACUGCUUUGCCAAUCUCGUCCAGUUGAUGCCGCUGGACGGCAAGGCGGAGCAAUUGAAGAGUGAACCUUUGCAGGCUCGCAAGACCCGCGACCGUGAAUUCCUCGACUACCUUUUCAAUCCAAAGAGCAUUCCCAACUACCAGGUUCCAGUGCCCAUAAGCGUGGAACUGCGCUGCUACCAGCAGGCAGGCAUCAACUGGCUUUGGUUCCUGAACAAGUAUAAUCUUCACGGCAUCCUCUGCGACGAUAUGGGUUUGGGCAAAACCCUGCAGACCAUCUGUAUACUUGCCGGAGAUCAUACGCACCGCCAAGCAGCCAAUUUGGCCAAUCUACCCAGUCUGGUCAUCUGCCCGCCCACUUUGACCGGUCACUGGGUCUACGAGGUGGAUAAGUUCCUUGACAAAGGCUCCGUGCUGCGACCCCUGCACUACUACGGAUUUCCUGUAGGCAGAGAGAAGCUUAGGAGUGAGAUUGGAACCAGCUGCAACCUGGUCGUGGCAUCCUACGACACUGUGCGCAAGGAUAUUGACUUCUUUAGCGGCAUACACUUCAACUACGUCGUCCUGGACGAAGGACAUAUCAUUAAGAACGGCAAGACCAAAAGUUCGAAGGCCAUAAAGCGACUGAAGGCCAACCACAGAUUGAUUCUCUCCGGCACCCCCAUCCAGAACAAUGUGCUGGAGCUGUGGUCCCUGUUCGACUUCCUGAUGCCGGGAUUCCUGGGCACUGAGAAGCAGUUUGUGCAACGCUUUUCGCGUCCCAUUCUGGCUUCACGGGAUGCUAAGAGUUCGGCCAAGGAGCAGGAAGCAGGAGUGCUGGCCAUGGAGGCGCUGCACCGCCAAGUCUUGCCCUUCCUGUUGCGACGCGUUAAGGAGGACGUGCUGAAGGACUUGCCGCCCAAGAUCACCCAGGACCUGCUUUGCGAAUUGAGUCCGCUCCAGCUUCGCCUCUACGAAGACUUUAGCAAUAAGCACCUGAAAGACUGUUUGGACAAGCUGGACGUCUCUUCGUCGGCGGCAGCCAUGGUGUCGGAGAAUCUCAGCGCCACCAAGACGCAUAUUUUCCAAGCGCUCCGCUACCUGCAGAACGUGUGCAAUCAUCCCAAGCUGGUGCUGCGCCAGUCCGAGGAGCUCACUCAGGUGGCCAGCCAGUUGGCGCUUUCGAACAGCUCCCUGGACGACAUUGAGCAUUCGGCCAAGCUGCCAGCGCUAAAGCAACUCCUCCUAGACUGCGGCAUUGGUGUGCAGACGGAGUCGGUGAGCCAGCAUCGGGCUCUGAUCUUCUGCCAGCUGAAGGCGAUGCUGGACAUUGUGGAGCACGAUUUGCUGCGUCGGCAUCUGCCCAGCGUCACCUAUCUGCGGCUGGACGGCAGCGUGCCCGCUUCCCAGCGCCAAGAUAUAGUCAAUAACUUUAACAGUGACCCCAGCAUAGAUGUUCUGCUCCUGACCACCCUGGUUGGUGGCCUGGGUCUUAAUCUAACUGGAGCCGACACAGUCAUCUUUGUGGAGCACGACUGGAAUCCCAUGAAGGAUCUGCAGGCCAUGGACCGAGCCCACCGAAUCGGUCAAAAGAAGGUGGUGAAUGUUUACCGACUCAUCACGCGCAACUCGCUGGAGGAGAAGAUCAUGGGCCUGCAGAAGUUUAAGAUACUCACCGCCAACACUGUGGUCAGUGCGGAGAAUGCAUCGCUCCAGACGAUGGGCACCUCGCAGAUCUUCGACCUCUUCAACGGCGGCAAAGACCAGGGAGCCGUAGCUGGAUCGGCAGCAACAGCAGCGGGAUCGGGCGGCAUGUCCAUGAACACCAUCAUCGAGAACCUGCCGGAACUCUGGUCGGAGCAUCAAUACGAGGAGGAGUACGAUCUGGGCAACUUUGUCCAGGCACUGAAAAAGUAGACCACUGCUUCCCACUCCAAGACUUCCAGUUUUAGGCUAGGAUGAACUUUUGAAUUGCCCUCUGUUCCUUUAUAAUCGCGAAAUGAAAACUGUAGAAACUAAAAAUAAAAAAGUUGAAAAUUA